AUGACGAGGACGCUGGUGUUGUCUGUUCAGUGCUAUGGAAGAGUAGAAAUCUACCACAGGAAAAACUGGGGAACAGUCUGUGAUGAUGACUGGGACUUAAAUGAUGCAAAAGUGGUCUGUAGACAGCUCGGCUGCGGGACAGCACUGGAGGCCACUGCAUCUGCUCACUUUAGUCCAGGAAGUGGGAAAAUCUGGCUUGAUGACGUAGCCUGUUCAGGAAGUGAGAGUUCUCUAAUUGAGUGUGGACACAAUGGAUUUGGGACACACAACUGUGGACAUGACGAGGACGCUGGUGUUGUUUGUUCAGUGAGUCUCCCAAAACCCAGCAUCUCUGUAAAUGAAGGUCAGGUUAGCUGGGGUCAGAAUAUCAGCAUCACUUGUUCCGUCUCAUCUGAGUUCUUAGAUGGAACUUUCACCCUCAAGAAAACCUCAAGUAAUUUCAGUCAGACUGAAACAGGAUCCAGAUCUGCUACCUUCAAUAUCCACAGAGUGGACUUCAGUGAUGAUGGACUGUACCAGUGUCAGUAUGAGAAACGCAUUUCAAGUAACACAUUCAACUCCCCCCUCAGUGACUCUGUCAGAAUCUCUGUUACUGUAAUCUUUCCAAAACCCAAUAUCUCCAUCAGUCCUGCUGGUGAGGUGACCUGGGGUCAGAACAUUGGAAUCACUUGUUCAAUCUCAACUCAAACUUUAGGUGGAACGUUCAUUCUGAUGAAAACAUCAGAUUCAUUCAACAGGACCCAAAACUCAAACACAAACUCUGCUACCUUCAAUAUUCCUGAAGUAGACUUUGAUGAUGAGGGAUUGUACCAGUGUCAGUAUCAGGAAAGCGGCCCAAGUCAACAAUUUUACUCCCCAACAAGUGACUCUGUUAGGCUCUCUGUUACAGUGAGACUGCAGAGGCCCAGCAUCUCCUUGACGUCUCCGAAUGCAGGACUUGUCUGGGGUCCUGAAGGUGCACAGAUCACCAGGGGUUACAGCUUUGUCCUCACCUGUUCCAUUAACUCCACAUUUUCCAGUGGACAUUUUAUUCUCAGCUUCUCUGGCUCCAACCUCACAGAGCCAGCAGUCAACAACUCAGCCUCAUUUAGUUUCCCUGUAGCUGAGUAUGAACAGCAGGGCAACUACAGCUGUGUGUAUGAGGUCACAGUGUCCACACGGACAUUCAGAUCUGCUAAAGAGAAGAAGCAGAUGUAA